AUGACCAUCUANGGCUUCAAGAGCUUGACCCAGGCUCAACUUUUGACCGACGCCCUGUUCUGCCCCGACAUCCCUGAAUCUCAGCAAUGGCUUGUCUACUACAUCUCGCGACCCCUGAUAGGCUCUUACGACUCCGUUCGCGUCAUACCCGCAACUAUCAGAACCGCUGCCCAGCGCGCCGCAGACAAACCGAGGACUAUAACUCCAUCUGCCUCGGACGUCAAAAAGAAGGACAUUGCAUCAUUUACAGAACUUCUGACCGCAUUCCCUUUGAUUUCUCGGCAACUGCAGAAUGGUUUGGACAAAACUCUCAAGGAAUUUGCAGCCCAAUUUGAAGGCCCUGUACCCAACAAAUCGUCGCGAGCGCCGUCUGUGAGCUCACAAAGAUCGGAUUACUCUUCUACUUCGUUGGAAGAUUCUUUGGCUUCAUUAAGGUCUUCGGUGUCUGGAAGCGACAGCAGUAUCCGUCUUUCAUCACUGACCAUUGAACCGGAAGAGGACUCUAUGCGCUUUGCGCUUGAAAGUGCGACCACUGCCGCGAUUGAUCUUUUCCAAGGAGUCGACAGACAACAACUAUCUCUCCUUGGCGCCACAACUGACUUAUCAGGGCCGGUCGUCGAGCGCAUGAUUGAACGUCAUAUUGCUGAGCAACUACAUGAAUCGAUUCUGUUUCCCCGGAUAUGCAACAUUCGCCGUUCGGAGGACUUCGAACUCGAGCACCGUCUGCGGAAGAUGGCCAAUAUCGACAUUGCCCAAGUUGGUAUCCCUAUAGAGGAUGGCAUGAGAGGGAAAAGAGAUAUGGCAGUCCGAAUCGACAGAGCUGUAGGCAUUUUCAAGAAGAUGGGCGUGGCCAGUAGUCCUCAGGAGAUGAUCGAAGUUUUGCUGGAAACGGCAAAGACUGUCACCGCAACUAUAAACACCAGCGUAGGAAAGCCAGGAACGCGGCCGGACGGUGCCACUGAAAAACCAAGCAUAGCCAUGACUAUCAAUGCCGAUGCACUGGUCUCCAUGCUUUUGAUUGUUGUCAUCAGAAGCUCUGUUCGUUAUUUGCACGCCAGAUUGUCCUACAUGAGGCACUUUGUGUUUAUUGACGACGUGGACAGUGGAGAGAUGGGCUACGUGUUAAGCACAUUUGAAGCUGUGCUACUUUACCUUUCCCGGGACUCGGACGCCUUACGGAUUGCUGCGAGGAAAAACGCGCGAUUAUGGAAAGCAACAAGGAAUGGGAAUAUAUCGGAUCUGCGGAGCAUGCUUCAACCAGACGCUCCUUGGAUCGCAGGUGGACAAGUCAUAGAAGAGGCACCAUCAUUCGACGACAGCUUCAGAGAUCCCGAUGCAUCAAGUCUCAGUUCACGGCUGACCAAUGUGAACCUUGAGCGAGAACAACGAUCAUCGAUGCCUGAUGGUGACUUUGCUGCGGUUAGAGGAUCCUUGGCUCACGUUUUUCCAUUCCANAAACCGCCGACACCACCUCCAGAAGUCAAUCAACCGAAGCGGAAGCGUGUUACUAUGGCAAGCUUCCGCAGCGCCUCUGUGUCAUCCGGGUACUCAUCUCCGUCUCGCUCUAGAUCUAAGAGUAUUGAUUCGCAGUUGAGUACUGCCUCAGCAGGCGACAGCUCGCUUGAUAAGAUCUCACAAUCACAAGGACUGGGUGGUGACUCGAUUUUAAUGAUGGCCAUUGAGAACGGGCAGCUUGCAUCUCUGGAGUACCUGCUAAGUCUGGACCAGUAUUUUCCCAUUGAGUUCAUUCUGGAGGACUGUAACAAUGAGGGAGUAACUCUGCUUGUCGCUGCUGUCCAGGGCGACGACAAAAACCUCACAAACUCUCUACUCAAUCACAUUCUCCAUAAUGCCCCUUCUGAUAGUACUUUGCGAUCUUACUUCCUUCGCCAAGAUAGCAAAGGAAGAACCUUUGCCCACUACCUUUUCAACCAGCCGCAUCUAAUGGAGACGGUUGGCGAGAUGCUGCCUUGGCGGCUUAAGGACAAGAAUGGUCAAACGCCUUUAUUUGCUCUAUGCAGGUCAUAUGAUCACCAGGAAUACCGAUGGAUGGUCGAGACUGCGUUGACCCUCGCCACAAAUACCCAACCAGACCAAGAGCCACUACAUCUUGCUGAUCACAUAGACAACAAGGGUAACACUCUACUACAUAUUGUCAACGACCCUCAUCUGACGGCACGACUCCUUCUUCAUUGCGAUUCAGAUGUGAAUGCAGCGAAUGACAAACGUUUUACACCGCUGAUGAUGGCAAGCAAAUACGGUAGACUCGACUUGGUUCGAACAUUCUUCGGUGACGCUCGAGUGGACUUGCAGAUCAAGGACAUCAGAGGGUUGACAGCUGUUGAGCUAGCCAAGGACGAUGAGGUCAGAAACCGAAUCGAUGAUUUGGUCUUGCUGUCCACACGGCCUGCAGCAGAUGGAAGAAUCACUUCUGUUGUUCGCUCAUUCUUCGUGGAGGAUGCCACCGUUCGACUAGUUCUUAAGUCUGGCGGUCCAAAUCCAAACGGCACGAUCACAGUCACCACAUGUCGUCGCUCUGUCGCUGACUUUGAGCACCUCGCAAAGUGGCUGUCCAUUGAGCAACCCGCGUCCUGGAUACCGACUCAUUUCAACUUAACAUCUCCGUUCUUGAUACCAUCGAAGCCCUCCAGGGCUGUAUUGCGCGACAUUCAACUUCGUCUUGACGCAUUUUUGCACUGCCUCUUGACACACUCUACUUUCUCGACACACGAGAUGGUAUGGGAGUUUUUCCUCGUUCCAGAUAUAGAUCCAGCCAUGUUAGCCGAGCGAGCGAAGCACAAGGCAGAGAUUCGUGUCGAAAACGUUCGAGAUGACUACGAUCCGAUCACAGACACACGCGAGGUCGAAUCAUUCGUCUCUCAUGCAAAAGAUCAACUUCGUGGAGUUUCUCAUGCUGUGAAGUCUUUAAUCAGGCGCACGAAUGCUCAGCGUAUGUUGAACUCGGAUUUGUAUGAUGCGCGUAUGCUCAACAAUACUGGCGUCGCAACUCUACAAUUCCUUCCUCGGAAAUAUCUCACAGCAUUCGACAUGUACACGAAAGCUAUGACGCCUUCCGAAUCCGACCCUCUGGCAAGCUUUUACUACUCACUACACUCAAUUGCGAAUUCAUCAACAGCGGUUCUAGUUGCUCUCGGGCGACCAACAAGCCUGAUUGGCAGUAUGAACCAAGCCAGGAGAAACAUUGAGAGAGCUCUGGGCUCACUUAGCAGGCAAUCCCGCUGGACACCAAAUAUAGGAUUGUUUGACGAGACAAGGCGGUCGAUCGCAGCUGAAGCCGAAGAGAAAGCAACAAAGGCUCAAGGCGAGCUUGACUCUCUCGGCAGUGAACUACGCUACACGCAACAGACCGUUGCAGCUGAAUUGGCUGGUUGGCAAGAACAGCACGUUGAGUUUGGCAAACGCAUGCUGAAAGACCUCGCUAAGGGCAUGGUCGUCAAGGAGAAAGCCAGGCUCGAGAGCAUGAAGAGGGCAUUGAGAGAGCUGCAAAGGUGA